UCUUCCCGCGGCCCGGGGAGAGCACAUCCGGGUUGCUGGAGCAGGUGCCUCAGGCCCCGCCUCUUUCCGCUCAUUUCUUGUCCCCGCUUCCGGCCAUCUCAGGCCUUUUGGGUUUGUUCUCUGCCGGCUUGAUCUCUGCUGCCCAGGUUGUUCUGGCCUCUAGGCCCUGGUGCCUCAGCACCCCUCUACCGUACCCAGCGACUCGCUCCGCGUCUCCAGUCUGUCGGGGCUCGGAGUAACUCUGCGGUGCGUCUUCGCGGUGCCGUCCCGGUUGAGGCCUGCUGCGCGCGGUGAGUCCGUGCAGAUUUGACCCCGCGUCUCCGCAGCUCCGUUGAGGCCGCCGCCGCCGCCUCGGGAUGCCCCGGCUGGGGUCCGCGCAGUGCUGGCCGGUCGCCGCGGGCCGUUGGGGCUGCAGGCUGCUUGCGCUGCUGCUGUUGCUGGUGCCGGGGCCCGGCGGCGCCUCGGAGAUCACCUUCGAGCUGCCCGACAAUGCCAAGCAGUGUUUCUACGAGGACAUCACGCAGGGCACCAAGUGCACCCUCGAGUUCCAGGUGAUUACUGGUGGUCACUAUGAUGUAGAUUGUCGAUUAGAAGAUCCUGAUGGUAAUGUGUUAUACAAAGAGAUGAAGAAACAGUAUGAUAGUUUUACUUUCACAGCCUCCAAAAAUGGGACAUACAAAUUUUGCUUCAGCAAUGAAUUUUCUACUUUCACACAUAAAACCGUGUAUUUUGAUUUUCAAGUUGGAGAAGACCCACCUUUGUUUCCAAGUGAGAACCGAGUCAGCGCUCUUACCCAGAUGGAAUCUGCCUGUGUUUCAAUUCACGAAGCUCUGAAAUCUGUCAUUGACUAUCAGACUCAUUUCCGUUUGAGAGAAGCUCAAGGCCGAAGCCGAGCUGAGGAUCUAAAUACAAGAGUGGCCUACUGGUCAGUAGGAGAAGCCCUCAUUCUUCUGGUGGUUAGCAUAGGGCAGGUAUUUCUUCUGAAAAGCUUUUUCUCAGAUAAAAGAACCACAACAACUCGUGUUGGAUCAUAACUACAUUUUGAGAAUUGAUGCACCAUUGCCGCUGUAAUAUUGCUGUCCUCUAAUUAAUUUUAGGUACUGAAGAACUUAAUAUUGGCAACAUUUUUAGAACCUUACUCAUACUCUUGAUGGGGGGGAUGUACAGUGCUUAUCCCCAAGCUGUGGAAAGGACACCUUUUUUUAUUUGUAAAGGUAGAAAAACUUUGGGACUUAUUUUGGGCUAUUCAUAAAUAUUCAACACAAUGAUCUACUCUUUUCUCGGUUGUUUCUAUCUACUCUUCGCACACUAAACUUCGAUAUUUUGAUUCCUUUUAGCCAUUUAAAAGUACUUUUCUUGUAAGUGGUGGGUAUUUUCAAAACCUUCAAUUUAAUGUCUAAAUGUGUUAUGGAGGAAGAAAAUUACCUUUUAGUUGUUUAUAGUGAAUACAAUUUUUUUUUUU